CCCCUCGCUGCUUUCGGAACCGCAGCGAUUCCGCUUGAAGAAAAGGAAGAACAGAACCUGCGUUAUCCAACCCGGCGAAAAAGCAUCUGAACUUCCUCUUCACGCAAUGGCCAGCGUGUAUAACCCUCCAGUGUCUCGAAAUGCCUCCCCUGGCAUGUCAGUCGAAGAACUCGCCGCCCGGGAGUACAGGGAGUACACCAAUCAUCGAUUUCGCUCUGCAAUCAGAUACCUGUGUUCGGAGGGCAUAUCGGAUUCGCAGGACAACUACGAUGCAAGAGUCCGCAAGAUCAAAGAAGAACUCAUCGACCCGUUCGCCGAAACGCAACAGGAUAACGAACUCUAUCAAGACCUAGAGGGGAUGGUGGAUCUGGAGUUGACGGCGCAGCUUGCUGGUGGAAGGGCCAGCCUCGUCGAGGUUCCCCACGACAGUGGUGGCGCCAGCGGACAUGCGUCAAAGGCAGGAGAAGCGGCAGUAGUCCCUUCUUACAAAGUCAAGGGCAAAGCGAAAGCGAAAAGCCCAUCCGCACGCCAGCACUCCGGAUCCAACGCACCCGUCAAGCCUCCCGCGAGAGGCGUCCUCGACAAGUCCAACGGGGAGGACCGCGAAUCGACAUUCUGCUACGGCGGCCCGCAGAACGAAACCGACACGUGGCACCGAGACGCCCUGCGCAUGUUUCCCUUCGGCGAGACGCUGUACAUGCAGGCGUGGGACUCGCUCAAGGUCACGUACGACCUCGCGAAGAGCGCCGACGAGCGUGCGAACGGGAGGACUCCCAUCGGGAGGACCACCGUGCCGUACGAGGUUGCGGGGAAGAUGGUCAGUUACAAGGGUAUGUUUGACUCUGGCUCUCGGUUCAAGCUGCCCAAGCCCUGGAAGAAGGUUCAGCGGUGGUCGCUCGCUCAUGAUGCUUCGCUUUUCGAUCUGAAGGGUGCGGUGGAGACGUUCAAUGCGGGGGGUGAAGAGGAGAAUCGAGGCAAAAAGAGGUUCCUGCCGAGGAUCUUCUUGGAGAAGAUCAAGGUCAACAACGGUCCCAAACCGUAUGAUGCCGAUAUAGUGGAAGGCGAAGUCCACCCCGGCAAGGCCUCGAGAGAGAAGUUCGGAGUCCCUGAAGGUAUACAUUACCAUUCCUAUAGGAUUCCUUGCACCAAAACUUUCCCAAGAAUUGAAGGUAUUGGUCACAUCGGCCCAGGACGAGAUGAGGCAACGGUAGAGGAAAUUCUCAGGAAUCUUACGCCAGCAGCACCUGUUUCAUCUCUACAGCCCCUUCGGUCAACAGUAAAGGCUGUCGAAACAGAGACCGGACCGGCUACCAAAGGAACCCCGCGCGCUCGCGUACAAGCAAAAUCAGAACCGACUCCCAGCCAGGCAACGGGAAAGACACCAAAGAGGAAGGCUGCUGGGCCGAGAGUGCCACGAGUGGGAAGAAGGCCAGGGUCGUACCUGCCGAGCGGUCGGAGACAAGGAAAGUCUCGUUCGACAAGAAGGCAAAGUCCGGGAAGUGAGAGCGGCAGUGUAUAAGGGAGACCGAUGUCCUGCCGAUGAUGCUGUAUUAGGGUAUCUAGGAACUCGAAAUG